GAAAAUCUUAACCAAAAUCUUAAUGACUUGAAUCAGCCAAGGGUUACGAUUUCCUUUCUAAUCAAUAACCACCCAGAUAAAAUGUCCGCGCCCUAGAAGCUCACAAAUCAUCAAUAGCGUGUACAAAGAAGCCAUUGUCUUUUUGACAGUUAAAAGUUUCCYAAAAGCCAAUCGAAUGAAAGUUCUAUCACUCUGAGAUAAAUAUACCAAGGUCGUGGCAGCCGUCCGUUCAAGCUCGAGAACUAAUCAGCACUCCAACGAAGAGAACAAGAAUACCAACAGUUUCAAUGGAUAAGUUCUUGGAACAUUUAGCACCAAAGGCUUUCACCAAUCUUCAUUUUGUGGCAGUGCUUUUGUGGAUCGUUAUCGGUGGAACCUUCCUCGCCGUAUUCGUCGACAUGGAUAUCAACGAGCCCAGGUUUGAUUUCCGCUGCCGUGGGGCGAAGAGUGAUAACAUCGAUUUCGUGCGUGGAAAAUGUUACGAGAAAUACAUAAUGGAGCACAACAGAUUCGAUAUCCCUAUCUAUAGCUUUGCAGUCAUUAAUUUCUCACUAAUCGUCGUUGUUUGUGUUAGUUACUCUAUAAUAGUAAGACAGAGAGUCGAUCAACUGCUUCGAAGCGCCCGUAAUGGUGAUCCUGAGAGUCAGCCGCUCGAACAAGAGAACGCAUCAUCAACUGGACGUAAACUUUUUAUCGCUUACCUCUGUCAAUUAUCCACAAGACUUGUCUUAAGAAUUAUAUUCAUCAUCCUACAAACUCAGCUGCUUUACCCUUUAAAGUUUUCGUCUGAUUUUAACUGUUAUUUAACCGCCGGAACCAAUCAGCUGAAAAAUUCAUCUGACACCCCCCGAAACUCUACCUUGCACGAAUGUCACAAUCAACGAGCGGCCAAGAAAACCUCCUGGAUGGACGCUGUCCUUUGGGUAAAUAUAAUUUUUUUCGCUGGUAUUCUGAUUGAAAGCGUCUACAUUUUGUCAAGGGCAUCGCUGAAUAGAAGUUUCAUGCAAGACUCAAAGUUUCUAAAAACCUAUCUAAAUUCCUACCUGAUAAAAUCUUACAAAAAAUUCAUCAAACGCAUGAGGGAUACAAUUACUGAAGAGACCCAAGAACUUUUAGAGCUCCAAUCACCUUUUUCAGAUAAUCCAGGCGAAAAAAUAACAGCGGUUAAACAUUUAACUAUGGAUCAGAUUUACACAAACCUUGUAUUGAUUCAGGACAGAGAUGAGUAUAAAUUUCCUAAAAACCGAGAGGAGCAACUCAAAGUUUACCCUUGGUCGCGCGACGAAACUUCAUGCCCAAAAAAACUGAAAGACCUCCUAAAUAAAGAUAGUAAUAAAGUUUUGAUCAUUGGUCGACCCGGAAUCGGUAAGACAUUCUAUUGUACCAAACUUAUCAGAGACUGGGCAUCUGGUGCCGAAAAACAUUUUGAUGCUGCUUUCUUCGUCAAAUUCAGACGAUUCGAUUCGGCCGACGAAUUAAGCCUCCGGGAACUUCUGAUGAAAUCCGAGUACUUUCCCACACAUCACCUGGAUGACGAAGUCUGUUGUCAACUUCUAGAGAACCCUAAAGAUGUUCUCAUACUCUUUGAUGGAUUCGAUGAAUUCAGACAUGAUCAACACAUGGAAUCCACUUAUCCCAGAGGCAUUGACGAGAAAAAGCCGCUCCAAAUCCUUUAUCAGGCACUUGUAAAGGGGAUACUUCUUAAGGGUGCUUCAGUGUUAACCACUACGAGACCUACGGCUUUGUCGAGCAUCAAAUACCUAUCCCAGUCCUUUGAUAAAACCUUGGAGGUUUUGGGGUUUUCUUGGGAACAAAUCAAAAAAUAUGUCGAGAACUUUGCCGGAAAGGACAAACAAACACGCCAAACACUAUGGCGACACAUCAGCAGCAACUUGAAUUUGCUUUCGCUCUGUUAUGUCCCGGUAAACAGCUUCAUCAUAUGCUCAAGUCUGUAUCCAAUAUUGCAGUCCAACAGUUCCGCUGGUGUUUCCCUCCCUUCCAGAUUAACAACCAUUUACAAGAUUGCAGUGAAAGUGUUUUACUUUAAACGCACGAGAGAAGUCCCCAAGAAAUAUUUGACUAGCGAACUCUUUGAAUCAGAUGAUUUGCCCGAUGAAGUGCCAGAGGAAUUCGAGAAACUAGGAAAAGUGGCGUUUGAUGGAAUUAAAGAAGGAAAGCUGAUCCUUGGUGAAAACGAAGUACGCGGAAUUGAAGACAGCGCUUUAUUUCACCGCCUACCAGACCAACGGCUUAACCACGGAUCGCUUAACCGCGAAAAACAAUUCUGUUUCAUUCAUCUCACAAUGCAAGAGUUUUUCGCUGCGUGGCACCUAACAAACAAGAUGAAUGAGACAGAAUUACCGACCUUUGUUUUCGAAAACAUCCAGGACGGCAAGUGGCAACUCGUGUUUCAGUUCCUAGCAGGACUAAUGGACGAUAAAGAAAACCAGCAAUUUGAGAUAUUCACCCACCUUUUUCCCGUGAAAACUGAAGAGAGCGAAAGCGAACGCUACAACGAAGACUGGCCAGAGAAUCAAGAGAAAACGAAAGUGACCUGCUGGCCGACUGAAAAUGGACGAGAAUUAGCAGUGACAUUGUUAAAAUGCAUAAACGAAACAAGUAAAAUGAACACAGCAGUGCAGAGAAAACUAGAACAAAGUAACUUUAAUUGUGUAGAUUUUAAUCAUUGUCACCUCACAGCUGUUGAUUGUUCUUCGUUAGUAAACGUAAUGGAGAAUGUGCGAGGAAUUUCACAUUUCGAUUUGAGUGGCAACAACACGGGGCCUUUAGCAGGUUUAGAGAUUUGUAAAUUGUUAAAAUGUAGUAAUUCUCAACUGAGCUGUAUUGGAGAUGACAGGAAACAGGGUGCUGGAUUUGAAAACUAA